UUAAGGUGACCCACAGACCCUUCGCGACAAUACAUCUUGGCUCAAACACAGUCUGCAUCCCCAGCUCCGCACGUUCACUCAGUACCACUUUUUCUUUGACUGGCCGACCGUCAUUCUUCCUUUCAUUAUCUCUGUCGCACGCGCGCGUCCUGUUCACCCCUCCCCCGACCGCACCACCAUCGCUUUGUCUCCCUGCACCUCUCAUCACCCAGAAGCGUCUUCGCGGCUUCAGAGAGAGCAGUGCGAAAGAGGUCUACGUCCGUCCAGGUGACGGACCUUUGACCAGCAGCCCCCAGACCCAGUCGUUGACAAUCGACUGCCCUUAAUACCCGCGAAGCACAAGCGUCAUGGCCUAUCAAGGCGUUGGAGGCGGCCACGGUGGCUACGACUUGCACGAUACGCCCACAGGCAGCGCUCAACCCUACCACCAGCCUCCGCAUCGAGACAGCGACGACGAGGAGGUCGAACGCUCACUGCUCCACGGAAACCCGAACGGCCCAUUUCAAGGCCCCUUCGACGAACCUCACAGCAGAUCAGGCACGCCAACCAGCCACGAGCCCAAGGGCUACAGCUUGGAAGAGUCUUAUGCUGGUCACGCACCGCCCUACAAUGGAUACCAGGAGUAUCACGGCAGCGGGACCACUCUUGAUGACCCUGCCUAUGGCGCUCCAGACCGCGCGUCCAGCCCAUAUUCGAGGAGCGACACUGGUAGCACGGAAGCAUGGCGACAGAGACAACAGCCUGGUGCUGCAGCAGGCGUGGCAGGUCUCAAGCGAAAUGCUACCAGAAAGGUGAAGCUUGUGCAGGGCGCUGUGCUCAGUGCAGACUACCCAGUACCAUCAGCGAUCCAGAACGCCGUGCAGGCAAAGUACAGAAAUGAUCUCGAGAGUGGCAGCGAAGAGUUCACUCACCUGCGAUACACCGCUGCGACGUGCGACCCGAACGAUUUUACUCUGAAGAAUGGAUACAAUCUCCGGCCUGCCAUGUAUAACAGACAUACUGAGCUGCUCAUUGCCAUCACAUACUACAACGAGGACAAAACCCUCACAUCGCGCACGCUUCACGGUGUGAUGCAGAACAUUCGUGACAUUGUCAACAUCAAAAAGUCCGAGUUCUGGAACAAGGGCGGUCCGGCGUGGCAGAAGAUUGUUGUAUGUUUAGUCUUUGACGGCAUCGACCCGUGUGACAAGGGCACCCUGGACGUGCUGGCAACAAUUGGAAUCUAUCAAGAUGGCAUCAUGAAAAAGGACAUUGACGGAAAAGAGACGGUUGCGCACAUUUUUGAGUACACCACACAGCUGUCUGUGACUGCCAACCAGCAGCUCAUUCGGCCGCUAGAUGAUGGCCCAUCCACGCUUCCCCCGGUGCAGAUGAUGUUCUGUCUGAAGCAGAAGAACAGCAAGAAGAUCAAUUCGCAUAGAUGGCUGUUCACUGCUUUCGGACGCAUUCUGAACCCCGAAGUAUGCAUUCUGCUGGAUGCUGGUACCAAGCCUGGCUACAAGGCGCUUCUUGCGCUCUGGGAAGCCUUCUACAACGAUAAGGAUCUUGGAGGAGCGUGUGGUGAGAUCCAUGCUCUGCUUGGCAAGGGCUGGAAGAACCUGCUCAACCCGCUCGUGGCCAUCCAGAACUUCGAGUACAAGAUCUCCAACAUCUUGGACAAGCCUCUGGAAUCUUCCUUUGGAUACGUCUCUGUGCUUCCCGGUGCCUUUUCUGCAUACCGAUUCCGUGCCAUCAUGGGCAGACCUCUCGAGCAGUACUUCCACGGAGAUCACACGCUCUCGAAGCAGCUCGGACCCAAGGGUAUCGAAGGCAUGAACAUUUUCAAGAAGAACAUGUUCUUGGCCGAGGAUCGUAUUCUCUGUUUCGAGCUGGUUGCCAAGGCUGGCAGCAAGUGGCAUCUGACGUACGUCAAGGCGUCCAAGGGUGAGACUGAUGUGCCCGAGGGUGCAGCAGAGUUCAUCGGACAGCGUCGACGAUGGCUGAAUGGUUCCUUCGCCGCCACUCUCUACUCCCUGAUGCACUUUGGACGCAUGUAUCGCUCGGGACACAACAUCCUGCGCAUGUUCUUCUUGCACAUCCAAUUGAUCUACAACAUUGCUACUGUGACCUUGACAUGGUUCUCCCUGGCUUCCUACUACCUGACUACGACUGUCAUCAUCGAUCUUGUCGGCACUCCUGGCUCUUCAAACGACCAACGGGCUUUCCCCUUCGGCAACACGGUGACACCAAUCUUCAACACGUGCGUCAAGUACAUCUACCUGGCAUUCCUCCUCCUGCAAUUCAUCCUAGCUCUCGGAAACAGACCGAAGGGUAGCAGAUGGACCUACAUCAUCUCCUUUGCGGUGUAUGCCUUGAUCCAGCUCUACAUCAUCGUGGACUCCUUUUACUUGGUCAUACACGCCUUUGGCAGUGGUACUGGUUUCGUGGUCAAUGAGGGCGCAGACGAAUUCAUCAAGUCAUUUGUGUCUUCGACGGGUGCUGGCAUCAUCAUUAUCGCUCUUGCGGCCACUUUCGGUCUGUACUUCGUGGCAUCCUUCCUGUACUUGGACCCUUGGCACAUGUUCACCUCGUUUGGACAGUACCUGCUCAUGAUGACAAGUUACAUCAACAUUCUCAUGGUAUACGCCUUCUCCAACUGGCACGAUGUAUCAUGGGGUACCAAGGGAUCUGACAAGGCCGAUGCACUGCCCUCAGCGACAACACAGAAGGGUGCAGACGGCAAAGCGACAGUGAUUGAAGAAGUCGAUUUGGCACAAGCCGAUAUUGACAGUCAAUUCGAGCAGACAGUCAAACGUGCUUUGACGCCAUAUAUUGCACCCAAAGAAGACAACAAGAAGACGCUCGAGGAUUCGUACAAGUCUUUCCGAACUCGUCUCGUCACAUUCUGGAUCUUCACGAAUGCGCUCCUCGCGGUGGCCAUUACGUCGGACAACUUUGACAAGUUUGGAUUUUCGACAGGUGCGACAACGAGAACGGCAAACUUCUUCCGAGCCUUGUUGUGGGCUACGGCAGCCUUGUCGUUUAUUCGCUUCCUCGGAUGUGUGUAUUUCCUGUUCAAGAGCGGACUGCUCUCGUGCUGCGCCAAGAGGUAAAAAAGAGGACUGGUUCCGACAAACAAAAAGAUGUUGAAUUCGACAGUGAGAUGUGCUACAAGUGUGGUUUUUCUGGUAUGCAUUGCGCAAUGGAAUUGCUGUGGCAGGGAUUGGAAAGGCGUUUUUGAGCGAAUCUAUGCUCCAUCUCCAUGGGGCUCGGCACGGCCGCAACAGACUGCUUUCAAGGAGCAUGAGCACAAUCGGCAGUUUAUUCACGUGUAGUGUACCACAAUACGAUGUUCCCUUAGCUCUUGCCG